AUGGGUUCAAGUUGUUGCUAAGCUUAAAGUGAAGAAAAAUUUGAACUAUAAGAACAAUAAAAUAUAAGAUUCAAGAAGAAAGAAUCAAUUUUAAAUAAAAAUAGUGGUUAAAGCAGUACAAAUUAAAAUAAGGAAAAUGAGAGAAUACAAUCUUUCAAUAAUUAUGGAUCUUUAAUGAUAGAUGAUACUGUAAAAGAGUAUAAUCGAAUAGCUGCAAGUAGCUUAGAAAUUUAGGAACUAACAGGAGAUAUGGAUAGAGUCGAUUCAAUUCAAUUAACUGAAAAUGCUGUUAAAGAUAAACCUGUAUUGAGGGAUUCAUGUGAAAUCAUUUCACUUGGAUCUAAAAAGACUAUAUUGAAAAAGGAAACAAAAUAUAGUUUAUUUCGCAAUAAGGCUAAUUUUAAUCAGAAUUAAAAGAAGGUUAGAUUUGAUGAAGUGUGAAAUUAAUUGUAUUUUAAAUAGUUAUACUAAACAUGUAAAUGGUUAUAGAUUGACUUUAUAAAUUAAGUUAACAAAAACUUUACAAAUUUAUAUGAAUGUAUUCAAAACCAAAAAUAGUAGAUUAAGAUAACAGCUAUUAAACUGUUGA